UCUUUAUUUAUUUUGUAACAGAAUAUAGAGUAUCAAGAAUGCAUUCCAUUGAUAAAUAUUUUUUUAUCCCUUUGUUUAAACAGUAUAUUUUUAUUAAAAUAUUUUUUCUUUAAAAAUAGUUGUUGCUAAUAUUAUUUUCCAAAGUGAAGAAACAUAUAAAAGAAGUAGUACUGGUUGGUCGUAUCGUUUCGUUCUGUAUUGUGUUGUAACGUAUCGUGUUGUAACGUAGCGUGUUGUAACGUAUCGUGUUGUAACGUAGCGUGUGGUAACAGAGCCUGUUGUAACGUAUCGUGUUGUAACAUAGCGUGUUGCAACGUAUCGUGUUGUAACGUAGCCUGUUGUAACGUAGCCUGUUGUAACGUAGCCUGUUGUAACGUAGCCUGUUGUAACGUAGUUGUAGCGCGUUGUAACAGAGCGUGUUGUAACGGAGCGCGUUGUAUUCAUAUUAGGGUUUUGUUGUAUAGAAUGUUUACAUGUGUAUUUUUUAUAAGCAAGCUCUUUUUAACAACCGUCCUACAAUUCGCAAAAUGCCAUAUCUACUUUGAAGGCAACAAUAAUAGACAGAAGAAGCUACAUAUAAUUUUUCGAUAUGUAGCUCAAUAACGGAUUUACUUUGAUUUUGACAUUUUUUAGCUUUUUUUCAUAUUUUCCAAGAAAAUUAUGCAUUUGAUCUACGCAUUAGGGGGUCAUCAUAUUAAUUUGGUUACAUCACUUUAGGUACAUCGCUUUGGAUACAUUAAUUUAGGGACGUCAAUUUAGGCAUAUCAAUUUCAGUGGUGUUCAGCAGAGAUUUUGAUAACGAAAUUAUUUGAUUUUUCGCUCAGAAAACAUUUUAAGAUCGUGAUUAUUGCAAUAUACGGAUGCUUUGAUCAGAGACAGGAAAAAAAACUGUUUUGGUUAAAGAUACGUGAAAGUCCUACAUAUGAGGUUUUACUUGAAUUCAUGUUUUACGAGAUUUUCAUUUGAUAAAACCAACAAACGAAGAAUGCCACAGAUGGACCAUAAUUUCAACCAAUCAUGCGAGCAGUCGUCCAAUGAUAGUAUGGAAGAAAGAAAACUGAAUAAUUCAGUAAACCACGAAAACUUUCACGUCGAAGACGAACUGUAUAAACCUGAAGACAGUUUAAACAUGGAGUUCUCUGGUCGGCCUGAUAAAAACAAAAGAAAGCGAAAGCUGAGAGUAAUACUAUGCUUUGUGUCGGUUAUCCUGUUGCUUAUUUUAGCAUGUGUGACCACGUAUGCAAUUACAAACGCUAAAAAUAAGCAAGGCAAUAAAAAGACACGAUACAUCGAGACAUACGCAAAAACAACUGAUUCGACAAAGGAAAAGGAAGAAGAGAAAAGCAAAGGAGAAUACCAAAAUGGAGAAUGUAAUACAGAAAGGUGCAAACUGAUCGCAGAAAAUUUGAAAAGGUCGAUGAACUUUUCUAUUGAUCCAUGUGAUGAUUUUCAUGAGUACUCUUGCGGACAUUGGAGUGAAGUACAUCCUUUGCCAGCAUCCCUCUCGAAAUUGGAUACAAUCGGACUUCUUACAAUAAAGAAGGAUUCUUACAUUAAAACGCUAAUCGAUUCACUUCCUAAUAACGUCACAGGCGUUAAAAAUAAAAUUCUAAAGUUUUAUAAAUCAUGUCGAAACUUAGAAUUGAUUGAUAAGCGAGGCAAAUCACCAUUGUUGAAGUUUAUCUCAAAAUUUGGAAAAUGGUCUCCAAUUAAUUCUGAGACAAAAGCAGGAGAAAAUAGUCUCGAUAUUUCGUCCUUAAUCAUUUUGAGUCAUCAAUACUUUUCGUUAUCUGUGUAUAAUGAUCGAGUCAACUCACCGUUGUUUAAAGCAAUGGUCAAAGUAAACGAUGCCAACUCAAACCAACAUAUUUUUCAGCUAGCUUAUCCUGAUCUUCCCAUAGCUGGUACAGCAGGCAAGCUGCGCAAAAAAUACAAGUUACUUCAAACGAACUACGUUGCAUUGCUUGGUCCGUCAUUUGAUGCUGAGGAAAAACUGAAACAACUGAUGGAUUUUGAAAUCGAAUUAGAAAACAUAACGUCUCCAUUUACACGGAAGAACAGCCCUGAUGUAAAGACAGAGUUAAUAACGAUAAAAAAAUUUGCAGAAGCUGUAGGAACUGAGAUAAAAUGGCUACAGGUAAUCAAAGGCUUUUUUUCGCCAUUGGGCAUUGAGAUGAAGAAUAAUACAAUUAUUGGCAUUAACACGAUUGAUUUCUUCAAAGCUCUGAAUGAUUUUAUUGCAAGAACUCCAAAACAAUUAGUCAAAGACUACAUCAUAUGGGUUUGUGUAUGGAAGUUUGGCUCGUAUGUAUCAGGACCUUUUCGUGAAGCUGAUCUCAACUUCCAACGUGCAGUGAUGGGAAUACAAAAACGACCGCAAAGAUGGCAAAAAUGCAUCUCGGAUAUUGAACAAACUAUGGAGUUUGGUUUAGCUUCAUUGUACGUAGAAAAAGCUUUAACAGAUGAAGAUAAAGGAUUGGCAACAGAGAUAGUGGCUAAUGUCACCCGAGAAUUUAAAAAGAAUUUUGUAAAUAUUGAAUGGAUGGAUGUGAGUACAAAAUCCAAAGCAUUUGAAAAGGUCGAUGCAAUGGCAAUGAAUAUUGGAUAUCCCCAGUAUGUUAAAAAUGAGACUUAUCUGAAUAUAAAAUAUAAAAAUGUGGUUAUUAGCGAAAAAGAUUAUUUUGGAAAUAUAUUAGAUGUGUACAAGAACAAAAGAAAUUUAAAUUUGAUGUUAUUGAAAAAACCAGUCGACCGGAAAGAGUAUAAUUUACCACCAACUCUGGUGGAAGCAUAUUACGAUCGCCACAAGAAUAAAAUGAUAUUUUUGGCUGGUAUUAUGCAUGCCCCGUUUCUUGACAUCAAUGGACCUAUGGCGUUAAAUUAUGGGGCGCUAGGACUUGUAGCUGGUCAUGAGAUGACACACGCCUUUGACGAUACAGGGCGGAAGUACGAUAAGAAUGGCGAGAAACGAAAUUGGUGGACAGAUAAAAGUUCUGCAGCAUUUCGGCGCAGAGCAGACUGCAUGGUGGAACAGUACUCAAAUUACAGCUUGUAUGGAAUAAAUAUAAAUGGAAAAUUAACAUUGGGAGAAAAUAUUGCAGACACCAGCGGAAUAAAAAUGGCGUAUAUGGCUUAUAAAGAAUGGGAAAGAACGCAUGGAAAAGAGAAAAAACUUCCUGGAAUCCCUUUAACAAUGGAUCAAUUACUUUUUGUCUCGCAUGGACAGGUCUGGUGUGGAGCAUACAGAGAAGAAUAUGUACGAAGAGCCUUGCAGUUUGGUCCACAUAGUCCCGCAAAGUACAGAGUUGUUGGUCCUUUGUCAAACUUAAAAGCAUUUUCCGAUGCUUUUAAAUGUCCCCUUGGUUCAACAAUGAACCCAGUGAAAAAAUGUCAAAUAUGGUAAAGUGAGCCAAUUGUUGACUUUGGAAGAUUAGUAUUGGAUGAAAAGAGUUUUUGUUGUGAACAAUGAUAAUAUCAAAGAAGUUGACUUAAAAAGAAAGAUGCGUUGUACCUUUUUUUACAGUAGUUGCCUUCAUAUAUUUUGAAAUGAUAAUGAAACAUAAGAAACAUUAAAACUUCAAAUGUUGUAUAAAGGUUUUGUAUUAUAAAAAAAAUAUAUAUAUACAUAGUUAAACGGGAAUGUUCAAGACUCCGCAGGUACCAUAAUGUAUAAAAUCUCUCACGAAGUAAAACUAUGAUGCGAAUGAUACUAUGAUAUUUUGAAUAGUUCUAUUGCAUUAAUUUAAAAGAGGAGGGGAUGUCAGUAUCAAAUUCAAAAAGUUAACAACAGAGUUCCUGUUUUUCUUUUCUUUUUAAACUUUCCUUUGUUUUUAAUUUUCAAGAAAAAUAUUUUUAUCUUUUUUGUUGCAUUGUUUUUCUUUUUUUAAUAAUUUUUCUUAACUAUAAAGUUUCACAAUAAUUAAAGUCGCAAUGUUUUUGUGUUUUCAUUUAAUCAAGCGAGAGAUACGUUUUGUUUAUUUCAUUAUCUAUUUUCCUCCAUUUUCCACAAUUACAUCUCUCGCAGAUGACUUUCUUAAAUUUCAACGAAUCACAGGGUCUCUAUUGUUAAAAAUAAUUGUACAUUUUUUGAUGUUAUUUUAUUAUGAAAGGUACUUCUUUUAUCAUCGUCCUUUUUUUCAUUCUAUUUUACGUAAUGGUGUUUUGUCCUGAUGUAAUUAACCGCAGAUGGAAAAGUUAAUAAUGCUUGAAAAACAAGUUUUUUUAUA